AUGGAUCCAGGAGAUGUGCCACCCCAGCUACAAGACUUAACUCCAGCAGAGCAAAUGCUCAUUGCCAAAGUUCAGCCAGUUAUUCGGCUGUAUCAGUAUCGUUCUUGUGGACAGAUAUUUUAUAACGGCCAUGUAAUAAAUAUUGCGCAAGAUUUGUCUGAAAUAACACACUUUCUACCCCGAGCACCAAAUACUCUGAACGUUGUUAUUGUUCGAAGACCAACAUCACAAGGAUUUUUGGAAUUCAGAGUCCGCAGACAAAAAAUACUUGAUGCUUUGAUAUUUUUGAAACACAACAACGACUUUUACAAUGACAUAAAUAUCGAUAUGGACACAUUAAAUGAUUUACCAAUAGAUGGCACUAUUGAGGAACAAGUUCCAACGAUAGAAAUCGACAGUGAAUUAAAUGAUUCAUUAGACGACGGUUUGAAAAAGAAUGGUGGUGGCUUUACCUGUCGAUUUGGUUACCCAAAAAGUAUAGAAGAAGAGUCUCAUCUUGAGAAAAACGAGAAUGGUGAUUGGGUGUACACUCCAAAGAGAAAUGACGAAUUAAUCAAUGAUUACAAUCCAUUUGUGGCACAUGUCUGGCGCGCCAAUACUGACUGUAAGGUGGUUACUUCACUUCAGAUGGUAGUCAACUACUUGGCUAAAUACGCUUCCAAAAGUGAGCCGACUUCCCAAUCUUUCCGUGAUAUUUUCUCUGAAUUAUUGCAGACAUCUGAGCCUACAAACUACGCGACCACUGCUCUUCAACGUACAUUAAUGAAAUUAAUUGGCCAAAGAGAUAUAUCUGCUUGUGAGGUUAUGCGAUUGUUGACAGGAAAAGCAUUGUAUCAUUCUUCACGCCAGUUCAUCACAUUGUACAUAUCAAAAGAAGAAUUUGUAGUCCUGAAUGAAAAUGGUGAUCACGGAUCGUCAACUUUUUCAAAAUAUCAGAAUCGACCUCGUCUUGCUGAAAAUAUGACACUAUAUCAGUUCACUAGCUCAUGUAACACGAAUAGUAGAGUGAAAAGACUAACUUACUACCGACAGCCACGCAUUGUUCAAGUCCUACCCAAAGUCACGCUUGGAAUUUCUGAAGAACAUGAUGAAUUGUACUAUAUGCAAAAAGUGCUAGUUGUGUCUGCGUUCAGAGAAAUUAUCGAAGCAAAAACUCACAGUACUUGGAAAGAAACGUAUGAACAUCUUGAUGUAGAAUUGUGGGAUUUCGAUGGUGUUGCUGAUGACGAUGAUGAAGUCGAGGUGGUUAAUCCAGAAAUUGAUCGAAUUCCUUGGAUGGAAGCAGCUGCAGUUCCUCAUAAUGUGGUAGCCGAACACGUCCAUCCAGGUGAAAGAGAAGUUGGUCGGGACUAUGAUUGGUUUGAGCGUAUUUCUGCAUAUGACAAUAUACAUGACAAUUUAAAUUUUGUUAAACAUGUAAGUAAAGCUACUCAGCUAGGAAGAGUACGGGCUAAUAGUUCUGAAGUUUUGUUGAAUCAAGAACAACAACAAAUAAUUGAUCAAUUGAAACAGCAACUGAAUGGCCAAACAAAUAUAAAAAGAAGCUUGAUUAUAGGACCCGCUGGUGUUGGGAAGUCUGUAGUUAUAAAUGAGAUUAUCAAAACAACGGAAUCGACCUAUGGUGACGGUAGUGUUCUCAUAUUAGCACCAACUGGUUGUGCUGCUUCAAAUGUUAAUGGCCAAACAAUUCACUCAGCACUAAGACUAAAUAUCCGAAAUUUUAAUGAGCUACAGGGUGAAAAUGAACGAAAUCUUCAAAUUUUGUUCGAAAACGUCCGUGUCGUAGUUUGCGAUGAAAUAUCUAUGUGUGGGCAGAAGCUACUAGCAAUGAUCGACAAACGCUUACGUCAAGCCAAACCUGAAGACCAAGAUGAAGUGUUUGGUGGUCUUAUUGUGUAUCUAUGUGGUGAUAUGGCGCAGUUACUACCGGUGCAAGAUCGAGCUCUAUUCAUGCCAGCUGAUCUUUCAAACCAGUGGUCUUUCAAACAUGGACGUUUUGUAUACGAGCACAUCCAAAAAGUUUUUCAACCAAAAACUAUCAUGCGUCAAGCUGGUGAAGAACAAAGUCAUUUUCGUGAUGUUCUUAAUAACAUUGCUCAUGGAAAAAUUACAGAGGAAGAUUACAAGUUCUUUUCUUCAAGAUUCAUAUCGAAAAACACCGAAAAGAUCGCUGACUUUUGCAACGCUGUUCGUAUCAUGGCAAGAAAAGAAGAUGUGGCUACUUACAACCUUAAGGAAUUGGCUAAGCUACAAAGUCCUGUGGCAUUCAUUCGUGCCAUAAACAAACCUUUAAUAGCCGCAACAGCGAGUUCCGAUGAAUGUCAAGCUCUUGAAAACACCCUCAGAUUAGCCAAAGGUUGUAAAUUCUCUGCUGUAAGCCUCAUUGACUCGUUGCAACAGUACAUUGGGUUUAGUAAAAUAGUCAUAACACCGGAUAGACUCAAGAAAUGA